ACUUAGCAUUAUUUGUGAAUAAUUCGUUUUUGUGGUUAUACCCAUUGUCAGCGUUUAACGUUAUUAAUAAUUUAUACUAUUCAUAAUCAGCACUAAUCACAUAUAAACAUGGCUCUACACGUUCCUAAAGCUCCAGGAUUUGCCCAAAUGCUGAAAGAAGGCGCACGGCAUUACUCUGGAUUAGAAGAAGCUGUUAUUAGAAACAUAACAGCCUGCAAAGACUUUGCACACUCUGUAAGGACAGCUUACGGACCUAACGGCAUGAACAAAAUGGUCAUUAACCACAUUGAAAAGCAGUUCGUUACCAGUGAUGCAGCCACUAUUAUUCGCGAAUUAGAUAUAGAACACCCAGCAGCCAAACUUAUGAUUUUGGGAAGUCAAAUGCAAGACUCUGAGGUUGGGGAUGGAACAAAUUUUGUAAUUAUUUUAGCAGGAGCCCUUUUAGAAUGUGCAGAGGAACUUAUUCGAUUGGGAGUGACUCCUACGGAAAUAGCAGAAGGUUUCGAGAAGGCAUUAGAUAAAUGUCUAGAGAUUCUGCCUUCCUUGGUUUGUUACGAAAUUAAAGACUACCGCAAUAUUCAAGAGGUAGUCAAAGGAGUGAAGACCUCGAUACAAUCGAAACAGUAUGGGAACGAGGAUUUUAUUUCUGAUAUAGUCGCCAAGGCCUGCGUUUCUAUUAUACCAGAACGAACCACCUUUAACGUCGACAACGUUAGGGUUUGUAAAGUGCUGGGGUCUGGAUUGUACAGUUCUCAAGUCGUUCAGGGAAUGGUAUUUAAGAGACAGGUUGAGGGGGAAGUCUCUAAGGUCGAAAAGGCGAAAGUGGCUAUAUACGGUUGUGCAGUGGACAUUAUGCAGACUGAAACUAAAGGCACUGUUCUAAUUAAGACGGCUGACGAACUGAUGAACUUCAGCCGUGGCGAAGAGAAUCUGUUGGAAUUACAGAUAAAGGCGAUCGCUGACACUGGCGCCAAAGUCAUUGUCGCCGGAGCUAAAUUCGGCGACAUGGCACUCCAUUACAUCAAUAAAUACGGUUUGAUGGCCGUUCGGCUUAAUUCCAAAUUCGAUUUGAGACGUCUCAGUAAAACGGUCGGAGGUACAGUCCUGCCGCGUCUCACAGCGCCCACACCCCAGGAACUCGGCUACUGCGACUUGGUAUGCGUCGAAGAACUUGGAGACACCCCGAUCGUUGCGUUUAGAUUGGAAAGCAAGGAAUCCAGGAUUUCUACCGUCGUCGUUAGAGGAGCUACCGACAACUACAUGGACGACAUAGAAAGGGCGAUCGACGAUGGCGUAAACACCUUCAAGUGCAUUUCAAGAGACGGUCGUUUCGUACCCGGUGCCGGAGCCACGGAAGCCGAAUUGGCGGUUCAGUUAACAAAAUACGCGGAUACGCUGCCCGGUUUGGAACAGUAUGCCGUUAGGAAGUUUGCCGCGGCGUUGGAAAGCUUCCCCAAGGCUCUGGCCGAGAAUAGCGGGCACAAGUCCACGGCGGUGUUGGAGAAAAUACUGGAUGCUCAUCAAGCUGUCAAAAAAAAUGUAGGCGUAGACAUAGACUCGGAAAACACGAUCUGCGACGCCUUAGAAAGGAACAUCCUCGACUUGUUCGUUUGCAAGUAUUGGGGGCUUAAGUACGCAGUGGGUGCUGCGGCGACUAUUCUCCGCGUCGACCAAAUUAUUAUGGCCAAGAGGGCAGGGGGGCCAAAGGCUAGGCAACCCGCUGGCAGCGACGACGAAUCUUAAAGUUACUUUCUAUUUCGAACUUAUUCUGCAUUUGCAUGUGCUUAACGUUUUUACACAGCACCGUUUGUAUUUAAUUUCAUAGUUAACUAAUAAAUCUUAACAGUAGAA